UGAUAUUACAGCCGCCAACUAGGGUCUAGCAGGCAAUUAAUAAUAAUAAUAUAAUGAAUAAUAUAAAUCAUACGAAUCAUAAUAAUAAUAUAAAUAAUGGUAGUAAUACGAAUGCCACCACUACACCAACAACUACUUUAGUAACAACAAUAACAUCAACCACAACAACUACCACGACAAAUAAUAUAGCUAGCGUUAGUAGUAACAACAACAACAAUUCGCAUAAUAACAACCAUAACAAUAACAGCAAUAGCAAUAGCAACAACCAAAACACAUUGCAUAUGAAUGCAACAACAACAAAUACAUUAAACACAACUGCCGCGCGUGACGCCACUGACGUGAACGCAAAAACGUGUACAGAGUCAGACGCGCCAACUAGUGCGGACGGUGAUGAGAAUGACGGCAGCGAAAGCGCCAAUGACACAGACAACAACAACGACAAUGGUAAGGACGAAGAUGCUGACGAUGACAAGUGUGACAAAUUUAUGGCCAAAGGCUGCAACCAAAGCAGACAGCAGAGCUAUCAGAGUGAUGACGCAGACAGAGCAAAAGACUUCAGCGAGAGCGCUAAUAAGAGACAAACCAAAACAAAUACAACGAGCACUAAAAGGCAGCAAUGCCAACAACAGACUGCAGCAGCGCUAAGUAGUGCGCCAUUUGAACAAAGCAACGAUAACAAUGAAGCGAAUAGUAAAAACACUAAUCUGUCGACUAGCGGCAACAAAAGCAAUAGCACCAGCAUCAGCACAGGUGGUAAUAGUAGUAGUGGUGGUAGUACACUUAGCGGUAAUGCCACUACUAAUUUCGUACGCGAUCAUAAUCUGACAAACAAUAUAGACUACACUAAGCACGGCAAUAGCGAUAAGCAGCAACUGCUCUUGAAUAUAACUGAACCGCACUCAUUUGCCAGCGCUGACGAUAAGCUACUCAAUACGCGCACGCAACAAAAGCUGCGUUUUAGUCAGCGCCGCUUGCGCACCAAAGCGCUGGUUGACAGUCUGCCACCAAGAUUGAAAAUGCCUGCAGGCAGCAUACAAGCGAACUUUGCGUGCGCGCUAGCUCUCAAUGCUUCAAGCGCUGGCGAUGAGUUGCUGGUGGGUAGUAAUGAGUUGUUGCAAAAGAUGAGCAUCAAUAAUCCCUUCUAUCGUUUUCGCAAACAGUCCACCUCUUUGAAGGAGAUGCGCGCGGUGGCGUAUGCGGAGCGGUGCCUACGCAAAGCGCACUCCGACACAGACAUAUUCAACUGGCAGCUGGUGAGUGAAGAAGAGGACUUAGGUAGUAGUGGCGCAUGGGUUGAUGCACAGUUUGCGCGUGCUGUAUUAGCGGGUAUGGGGGGACGCGCGUUAUGGGGUAGAAGCGCGCAAUCCAAUGGGCCACAAAAACGUGGCGAAACUGCCGUACAGCUGACUGCAGCAGAUGGUAGUGUUGUAGUUGUAUUAGAUAAUAAGCAUGCUAGCGUAGUAAGUAAGCCUAUAUUGUUGAGUAGUCUCGAAGAGUUGCUCGAUGGCAGUAUUACGGACGAGGCGACUCAUGGCUCGCGCGGUUAUUUGCUGGACGCAGUCGCCGCUGAACGCGCAUUCGCCGACACCGCCAACGAAACGGAUAACAGCACUGUCAUCACGAAUCCCUUCUCCAUCUUCCAUGACGACGAUGUGCUAAUGCUAAGCGUAAAUACGCGUCUACGUGCCGCUUCAAGCGCUUCACAACAACAGCGGCCACUAAAGAAGCGCCAACGCUCCGAACGUUCUAUACGACGUCUCUUCGAAGCAAGCAAUGAAGCGGCGGCGGGUGCUAAACGCGCACACGCCACACCAACCAACUAUCAAACAAGCAUCAGCGCGCGUCAGCACUACUUGCAUGGCAUACCUGUAAGCCGUUUCGAGCGACAGGACUUUGUCAGCACCACCGCGGCUAUGACAUUGAAAGAGGCAUCCAAAUCUAACAAACUCAGACCAAAACACGUCUUCAAGAACCUCUCGCUACGCAAAAUUCACAAGUCAGCAAGCGGUUUGCCGGCCACCACGCACAUCGUCACAUCCAACGCCUGCGAUGCCGUGGGCGAUCUCAACGCCCUGCCGCAAAUGAAAAAACUCAAAAUCACCUAUCCAAAUCGCACACAAAGUAUACACAGCGCGUUGGAUGUCAGCUCUGGUACGCAACUCAGCGUCGGGCUUGUGAGUCCGGCAGGGGCUGGAGGCGGUGCGGUUAAGCAUUCCUAUUUUGAACGUCUGCAAGCGAAAACGCGGCAGGGUCUACAAAAGCUGCGCGAUAAGUGUCGCAACUUCAAACAGGCCGCAGGACACCAUCAGCAUGCAGCCACCGGCAGCGGAUUCAGCACGCUUGCCAAGGAUGACAGUUUUCGCUUCAUAGGCGAUCGCGCGCGCAUCAGCAGCUACGAGUCGAAAUGUGCCGCGCUUAAUGGCAGCGGCUGUGGUGGCCGCCAACAAGCCACCAUCUAUAAGAGUUACAAGUCUGAAAUCGAUUUAUCAAAGAAUUUGCAUUAUCUGGAUGCAUACUUGGAGGAGAAUUUCGAUCAGCAACUGCGCAGCACCAAACAAUCAGCGAAUUCUGUAGGGCGCGUAAACGCCGCACGUUUGCAACGCCAGAAGCAGCAAUUGGAUAGCAGUGAAGCGAAACAAAAGCGUGGAUCGCCACAAGAUGCGAAAACACUGUUUGGACGUGCGCAUAAACGAAGUCUCUCGGCGGCGCAAAAAUCCAUGGCAGCGACUGAGCAGAGACCAACGCCUGCGACCACCACCAAUAAUUAUGAGAAUCUUGACACUUUGCCGAUGGUGAGACGCGGGUGCUCUGAUUCACUCAGCAGCUCAGAUUAUGCUUCGGUAUUCAGCGGACCCACAUUGGCGGUCGAACCGGUUACUCCAAGCUCAGCUGGUGCUACUGAGCCGAUCACGCCAUCUCUAGUAGAUGAUGCAAGCAGCAGCACUGGCUUGCGGUACGAACACCCAAAGAUGUCGCAAUAUUUCUUCAACAAGCUCGAUCUAGAAGGCUCGGCAGAUCUUUUGCUAGCGACCGAAGGCCAUGGCAGUAGUGAGACGGCCACUUGUUUCUUCAACGUCGGCAGCGAACAUGAUUUAGAUGACGAGCAAGGCAAUUUCGACGCUAUAGGCGCUGCGGGCGAUGCCGCAUUGUUGGUAGAUUACGGUCGCGCAGCCAAUUUGGAUACCAGCAUACGCAUACUUGUCAACGAAGCGGAAGACACAGAUUUCCAACAAGAACUCGAGCGUCACUUGGCUACAACGAAACAGCGUCGGGAGACGAGCGCCACCACUGAUUGGUAUCAACAGCAGUUUCAACAACAGCUCGGUGCCGCUGAUGAGCGCAAUUUCCUGCUGGCAUAUAAUGAGAAUUUAGCCGAAAGCCAUUUCUAUCGUUCGCUCAAUCAGCAUUUACAGCAGCAACAGAAGCAGCGACAAAGGGAACUAUGCUUUGAUGCCAACGCUGAUGUGAAUGAUGAUGAUGAUGAAGCGAAUCACAUUGGCGCUGUCAUCACAAACGACGUGCAGAGUGUUGACGGCAGUGACAAAGACUUCCAUUAUGAAAGCUACUUAGAACACUUCUAUCGCGCGAGAUCCGGUCGGCAAACACGUAAAGCGAACUCAAUCGGCUACGAUGAUGAACGCGUAGCUGUAGGCGCUGGCAGCGGAGUUGAAGGUGAAGAUAUCACCGAUACCGAAAGUGGUUAUAUCACACGUAGCGCCUUCAGACGCGCCGCGCGUGGUCGCAAAGCGGGCGGUAGCGCAUUUGAAUUGCGACAUAGCGCAUUUCUGUUACUUGGCGAAAAUCUAAGCAACAGUAAUGACCGAAAUAAAGACGUUGUAGAUAUGAUGUCAGGCAAUAGCCGCGCUGCUUAUUAUGCGCACCAAUUUUACGGCUUUGGGGGAGGCGCUGCCGCAUCGGCCACGCAAGAGGUAGGCGCAAGUGAUGUAAGUGCCGAUAAAACCAAACUGCCACUGGCGCCAACAAAUAAAAUCACAGCGGUUACGCACAUGAGUGGUAAUUUAGCAAAUAUGAAAGGCAGGCAACUUGAUGGGUUGACAGCGGCAUAUACUAGAGCGGAUGUGCAAGCGGUGGCAACGGCGGAGCUUAAAGAACGCAACGAACGCGGCGAACGCUUUAGUGGCUCCACGAAAUCAGCAAUAGACGCUACAACUAAUUUGCUUGGUAAAAAUAUUGACGCGUACAAUUUCGCAGCAACCGAAGCAGCUUUGUUGGGGGAACAUGGCGCUGUCAAUAGUAUGCCAAAUACGCACUACGUUUCUACAAGCGGCAAGGAUAAUAUUGUUGCACCGCAUGUUUACAUUGAAAGUGCGGCGAAAAAUGCCACAGCUGCGCCAACAACGCUUGCCGCGCUACCCAUUGUCACAGCCGCAACAUCGCCAACAAAUUUGCAACAGCCAAAUAGCGGUUUUGUAAAAACAAGCACUUAUUUACAACAACAGCAACGGCACGAAAGGCAGAAGUUGCAACAACAACAGCAUCAGCAGCUGAUACCAGCACCAACUGCGGCCGCCGCUGCAUUGUUUAUGGACGGCAGCAAACAUAGCGGAAAAUCCGGACAUAACAUGGAGGCGGCCUUGUCCAGUGGUGCAAGUAAUCGCUACAUGUUGGACAACAUGCGCCGGCAGCACCAACAGCAGCAACAUCACCAACAGAAAUCUGCGAAUUCCGUCAGCUCGUCGCUUUCGCUGUCCACUUCCUCCUCAUCAAAUUCGUCCGUCUCACAACCUGUGGCACACAACCAACAACAACAAUUAUUGUUAUCUGCCACCACAGCACCAACACAGGCCAAGUAUAUGCAAACACACCAACAACAACACAAGCAGCUGCCACUUACAACCUAUCAUGCGCGCCGUAGCUCCACUGCCUCAAAUGCCUCAUCAUCCGACAAUUUCGACUCGUUCAUUGCGGUGCGUAGCGCACAAACUACAAGUGGCAUUGAGUUGGCUUCCCCAGCCGCUAGCACUGCAUUGCAACCUGAUUAUGCGGUUAGCACAAAAUUUUCCGGCAACAGCGCCAGCACAUAUCAACAACAGCGCCAACAAAUGCUAUCUAGCGCACAUACGCGCGCUCAAUCGACCGCGCACUACCCCACCUCUCCUUCCAGUGGCGGUAGCAGCAGUACUGUGCCGCUCAUCAGCGCGCUGAACUACUAUGGCACAGGCAGUGGUGGUGGCGGGGGUGGUGGUAGUGCAUCGGAUAGCACACACGCCGCAUAUGCCUCAUCGACAGCGUCAGCAUCGGCUUCCUCAUCAUCGUCGUCUUCGUCGACCAAUCACAAAUAUGCGCUGACCGCGAAUGCUUCAGCGAUCGCCAGUAAUAACUACGCAUUGCUCGCACAAAUGCAUUACGGCAGUAAGGGGGCAGGUGCGCACAGCGGAGGAACCGUGGGUGGCAGCACAUGCGCGACGGGUCCGUCUAUAUCGCCGUCGUACGCCAGUGAGCGCAAGCCAUUCAUACUUGAAUAUGAGUGUUAGCGCCAAAUUGGGAUGGAAGCGAGGGUGAGGUAGAGUGAAUGAACAUUUCACGCAAGCAACUUGCGGAAGAGAGAGAGUAGUGAGCUAUUUUUUCGAAUGCCAUUUCCAUUUUUACCUUUUCAGUUGAACGAUUUCCGCAUUCCUUAAAAUUAUGUAGAUACUAUAGACGAGGAAAGUUAAACAAGUUUGCAGAAUAAACUUUGGACGUCCUCGACCCGGGCUGACCUCCAUACGCACUGUGUCUCCUAAUCAUCGAAGCCUUAGGGAUUUCAUAAGUUUCCAAAACAUUAACUUUUUUUACACAUUUCUCACAAGCAGACACCUCCCAUAAUCAAACACAUUUGUCAGUCCCUUAGGUAUCCCCUUAAGAGCGAAUACUCCGUAAUUCAGUGAAAUAGGAUACUCGACUUUCAGUGGAAAUGUGUCCCUUAAAAUUCUUUCAUAACUACUUAUAUAGCCUAAGCUUCUUGCCACCAGUCAAGCUUAUCUUUCUUAAUUUCUUUCUCACACUCGCCCUCUCUUGCUAUCUCUCUCGCUUGCUACUUCUGCCUCUAACUCCGUCGCUUCCAUAAGUUUUUUCUAAUGCUCUCCGCCGCUUUCUUUAGCACUCCGCAAGCCUCUGCAAAUUUGGCUAACGAUUUUCGUGAAUCUAAUGAAAAACCAUAUCAAUUAAAAUAAUAAAAUCUGCAGCAAAUGUAAGUCAUCUUCAAAAUAAUGUAUUAUUAAAAAAAAUACAAAUGAUAUCAAUAUUACAAAAAUAAGGAUGACCAUUCGGAAGUGUAAAAGUAAUGCCGCAGAAGUGCGUGAAAUUGUAAUCCGUUCAAGAAACCUAUGAAAAUAAGUAAUUGACAAACCAAUGCAGCCUAAUAAUAGUUAACUACUACAACAUUGAAAGAAUGAAAAUGCAAAUUUUAGCAGCAAAACAUAUUCUUCAGUUCACAUAAAAAUUAUACGAGCAAUUGAAUAUAAUUAUAUUUUACAAACCACUUAGUUAUCUUUGUUUAUGUACAUAAAUACUAGCUGGGAAUCCUAGAAAAUUUUUUAAAUCUGAAAUUGUAAAUUGGCAAACUUUAAAAUUUUUGUAAUGCAUAAACUAGGCCUGUCAAUAUUGUUAAACAAUAUCAGUCCCGAAUUUUCGAGAUUUAUAUGCUAAAAUAUACCUCUAUCUUUUAUAAAAAGUACCCAAAAAUUGUCCCUCAGCUUUAAGUCUAGCGAGUUCUCUGACCGCGACACUAUCACCAAAUUUUGCUCGUUAAGGCGGUAGCGAUUGUCCUGGUUGAAUAACAAAGUGUACCUUCUUGCAUAAAAAUAUGAACGCUUAAGGCAUAGCUCAAACUUUACAACUCGAGAUUAGCGCCACGGCUGGAUGUUUCACUCUUCGAAAAACGCAGACAGUGGUAAAGCCAUAGUUGCCAACUUAGUGCUUUAAGCAUUAGAUUUAGGGCCUGUUUGAAAAUUAAAACGCCCAAAAAAUGUUUUAGUGCCGACUGUCUUUAUAGUGUUUUUUCUGAACUCAAAUGCAAUGUACAUCCACUUUUCAUAGAUCGUUAAAACAUGAAAUAAUUUUGAAUAUUUAAAGCUGGUGUAAGUUGUCAUAUCGAUAGUAAACAACUUCAUAAAUAUUUUAAAUAUGACUUGAAGUAAUUCUUAUGGCCCUAAGUUAAAAAUGAUGAGGAAAUAGACGGUGUAAUAAAAAUAUAUAGAGGCUACCUUUUUUUACAGAAUCAUUUCGAACGAAAAAAUUUGGUGUAAUUGAAUUCUAUGAUUAUUAUUAUUUUUAUUAUUAUUAUGAAGAAUUUAGGUUAGGUGAGGUUGAGUGGCUGUCAUCCGACACAUUUUGAGCCUGAAUAGUCCCAUUGUACCACUGGAGCUCGUCUUUUACACUAAUGAGUCUUCUCUGAACCAACCUGUGUAUUGAAGGCAUUUUAUUAAUUUCGGCAACCCUCUUUGUGCGGCCUCUUUAGAGCUGUCAAGAAAGGCGAAUCCGAGCGUGGAAAGCCUCUUUCGGUAGCAAUGCGCAAUGUAUGUACAUAGGAUGUGUUCCACGGUUUCCUCUUCCUCAAUAUCUUGUCCUCUUCUUCAAUAUCUUCUUCAAUAUCCCAGUC